UUUAAGUUUAGCCAACUGUCAGCAAGGCCCAUUACUCCUCACCUCCGCAGCCAUGCAGCAGCUCAGCUGAAACUAGGAGGGAGGUCGAAGCUGCAUCUUUACACCACCAGCAACCAGCUUUAACUUUCAAUAUGUCGCUGUUUUCAGAUGACAGGCCGGUGAGGGAGAGUGAGAGGAAAAACGCAACACUGAACUUCCAGUCGAAAUCACGGGAGAUGUUGGGGACAGAGUCUGGGAGCCCAUCACGCAGUCAUCUUUAUGGGGACAGAGGCGGAGCUAAAGUUCACCUGGAUUUUGGCUUGAGCAAAAUGACUGAAAUGGGCAAGAUGAAUAUUCAGGAAGGGCAUUCCAGAGAUUACACUAAAGGCUCCUCUCCCUCGAAGUAUCAGUCUGAAGAGCACCAGUCCUACCUACAGCCACAAACCGACUUUGAAGAUGGUAUUGAGUACAGGCCAUUGCCAUCCCCAACACGCUCAUCCCUCCGUUCCCCAGGCCCCACUUCUCGUGUUAAAGAAGGGCACCGGGUCACCUUUGCUGAGUCCACAAUGUCUGAGUUUUUUCCAAAGCAAGAGGAUACUUCUACGCCUAUGAAAAAUGAGGAGGAUAUCAGCGCCACAAAAAAUCCUAUUUUUAAAUACCCAGAUAAAUUGGGGACAGCGUUUAGCUACAAGAAUACCUAUCUCACAUCUACACCAGUAAGGAAAGAUGCUGCGGGCAGCGAGAGGAUGAGGGCGAGCACCCUGGAUGGGGAUGAAAGGAUUAGGCUUGGUGACAUUAAUGACAUCGGGCAAGGCUCCGAAACAAGAGAGCGUCUCAGACCCUCCUAUAAUGGCGAGGAGUCCAGCAGAGAGAGGCUACUGAGGCUCAGUUCAGAUCUUUAUAUGGCAACACAUCUGACUGACCCUCCUGCGUCCUCGAGUUCGCUCUCUGCUCUUAGAAAAGGCUUCAGUGACAUCUCAAAGACCUACACGUUGCCUUCGAAACCCACUCUCACAAACGCCCACCUGGCUGCAAAAACGACAGAAUUGGGCAGAGAUUACAAGAGCGCAUGGUGUCCAGAGAAAACGGUUACUUUAAACUCGACUCCAAUGGGAAUGAAAAGAUCCAGCAGCCUGAACUCCCUGUUAUCCUCAAAACCUUCCGAUCUCUAUUCAGACCAGCAUAGAGAAGAUUUUCUGAGUGGGAGUGAGCUGAAGAGGGAGAGCUCACCAAGUAGAAGCGAGACCUCUUCCAUCUCAGAUGUUCUCCAGCAGCUUAUGGACUUAGUGGACCGGUACUGGAAUGGCUCGGGGUCUCUCCUUCAUAAUCAGAGGUUUCUAGUUCCUGCUCGAGAGCUGCUUACCAAGCUGAUGACCUCAGACUCAGCCAAACAGAUAUCUCCUAUGGGCGAUCAGCUGCGAGGAUCCAGGAACAGCUAUGGACCGCUUGAGGAUGGUGACAGUAUGGAAUCGGGGAAACUGAAGCUGGUAAAAGUUAUGGAGGAGAAUCAUUUUUUACGGAGCAAAGUCUAUAAACUGGAGAACCAAGCAGCCCGCAAGGGAGGAGGAGAUCUGCUGCCGUCACAAGAUGACCUGCGGCAGAAGUACGAGCAGUUAAGCCUCCAGGUGGAGUCACUACAGCAGCAACUGAGCAAGACCAAUAAAUUGCAGGAGACCGUGAACCUGCUACACAACAGUCAAAGGUCAUUAGUUUGCACAAAUGAAUAUCUUCUACAGCAGCUUAACAAAGUCUUUCCAAACACAAUUACCAAGACACCAAGUUUGCCUUCCCCACAAAGGAUGAACACAGACAAGUACCAAGUGCACGAAUCCUCCAAUGUACCAAGCCUGACUCCAGCAUACAGUACCGGCCAGUACAGCAAUCCAGAGCGGCUCAGUGCCUGCCCAUUGUAAUAUAAACAUAUAGGACAGACCAGAUCCUCUGGU